ACCUAUUAAGUGACUUUAUGACGAAAGUGGUUUUUUUUAGACCUUUAGAAUUAACUUUUCAAGCUUUACAAUCUGGUAAAACCCAUUUUUUGAUACGACCCUUCGUUCCAAAAGUAACUCACCGCGUAAGGCAACAUAUUAAUGAUUUGGUAGCAUUAUGUACUGGAAGAAAUUGAAAUGUGUAUAAUAACACAAUGAUUCAUGUGUUCACCUCCAAGUAAAAACUGUUACCAUGUUUUACCGUGUUUUUGCAUACUCAUUUUAUGAAAUUAUAACCGUUGUAUAUUCUAACAGUAGCUUCUAUGUAUACAUAUUUGGUAUUUGCGUAAAUGAUUAUUCAGCAAAUUAUUUAUUUUAUGCCAAGCUAAAUAUACUAAACAUCUUUGUAUGUUUUUGUCUGAAGAUCUACGUAUUCAUCAAAUUGCAAUAUCUUUCUGCUAAAAAACUGUACAGUGACUUAGUAGGUUUUGCAUGUAACUUUAUUCCAAUGUUAACAUGUAGUUGUACAGGCAGAGCCAACUAAGUGCGCUUACUAGCUUCGCACCGUAGCUAACUUCACUCAGUUGCGACUCACGCGCCGAUGUAACGUUUGAUGCUCUUAUAAUAAAUAAAAUAAUUUGUUUAGAACUCUAAGUUAAUGACACUGUGUGAUAAAAAUGAGUGCCAGGAGUAGAAGACUCGUUAGAAUGGUCACGGAAGACAAGGAUGCAAACCAUGAACACGAGCAGGAGUAUGAACAACGCCAGGCUUCAGAUCUCGACGAGUCACAAGAACAUAUUGAUGAUCAGAGCAGCAGAUUUAAUGAUAAUAUUUUUCUUGAUGAUCGCACGUCAGAGUCGGAGCAAGAGCUUCCACGGACUAAGAUAACAUUGCCUGCAAGGCGAAUCUCGGAAACUACAUCAGAGUCAGAGUCGUCGUUAUUCGGCAGCGACUUUUCUGAUAACGAUCCUACCUACUAUCCAGACGACGAGGACCAGCAGCGGGCUCCUGGCAACCACGGCGAUGAUGAUGGUGAUUUAAUUACAUUGCAGGACUUAUUAGGCGCCACUGCUAAUGAUAGCAUUUAUUCUUUUACUAUAUCACCACAGCCUGGCAUCUGUCACCAAUAUGAAGACAUAAAUAACGACACAGCCUCUGAGAUUGCUACUCUAAUAUUAUCAAAUGUGUUAGAGUUGGUUUGGGCUGAAGUGAAAACAUUAAGCCGUUGGCGAGCUGCUGAUCCGAGCAAUUGGAAAAAAAAUGUCGCAAAAAAAAGACGUGCGGAAGGGUUGUCGUAUACAACUAAUAACCACAUAAGAGCCCCAAAAGUCCCUAAGACAGUUUAAUGUACAAAAUGCUUAUUCAAAUGUACAGAUACAUUUACCGAACAAAAUCGAGCGAAAAUAUGUAGAAUCUACUGGCAUUUGGACUUUGUAAACAAAAAAAACUUUAUACUGUCUCGUGUUACAGUCCAGCCACUAAAGAAAGUCCUGGUAGAGAGAAAACGUCCAGCUAGACCUUACACUACAAAGUGUUUUUUUUUAUUUAGGCGCAGAAGAGCGACAAGUUUGCCAGAAAUUCUUUUGCUCUACUUUAGGCAUCUCACAGGCAACUCUCGGUGACGCGUUUAAAAACCGAAAUGAACUUGG